UGUUGCAUAAAGGUCCUCAGUCUUAAACUCGAUAAUAAAUACGUUACUCUUGCACAGAACAUAACCACUGUAUUACCCUACAUUAAUUAAUUAAUACAAAUAAAGAUUAUCUUGGUAUUAUCUUGGCAAAAUUUAAUUAAAUAAAGAUCUUUUGAUCAACCACAUCGUUCUGAAAGUUGUACAUCGCAUAUUUGGGAUUAUAAUAAACAAUGUAAUGUAAUAUAACCGUGCUUUUGUUUUCUCUCUUAAUUGCAAUUAAAAUUGCUUCCAUCAAAUGUUACCCAUAAUUUUGAAAUUCGUUAAUAACGAUACCUAUCUGUACAACUCCUCAUCGAAUUUUUCGGAUCGGUUAUCAUGAAAGCGAAGCGAAGCAUAAGAAAUUAGUUAACACACAUUUUUUGUUUACUUUUUUAUAGAGCAUUAUUUUUCUCGUAUUGCGCCAUUCGUGCUGUAGCCCGCUGUAUAUUUCAAUUUCCCUCGACGAACAUACAUGAACGAAGAGAAUUCAUGGUACACGAAUAGAAUUGACAAAAUCUACAAAGGGCUUACGUUCGUACGUGGAGGACACCACUCCGUUCGAUCGAGUACUGUUAUCAUAGAGAGGAAUCAAUUUUUCUAUGAAAGCUGCGGUGAAUAAUCUUAGGAAAUAUGAACAAUCAGACGUUGUACGGUGUGUACAAUUGCAGUGCCAUGAUGUUCGGACUGAACAUCUCGUUUUUGUUCAAGUUCAACAGCACCGAGCUGUUGAUGGUAUUGGAGGAUAUCCUCGACAGAUCAAACGUACAUGACAAAGAGUUUUUAGACUGUGUGUCGAAUCAUCAAGAGCGCCCGUUUGAUCUGCCCUGGUGGCAGAAGUUAGCUUGGUCCCUCAUAUUUGCUGUGAUGUUGCUGGUAGCGACAGGAGGGAAUAUCAUCGUCAUGUGGAUUGUACUCGCACACCGACGAAUGCGCACUGUUACCAAUUAUUUCCUCGUCAAUCUCUCUGUGGCUGAUUUGAUGAUGUCUUUGCUGAACUGCGCCUUCAACUUCACCUUCCUGCUGAACGCCAACUGGCCAUUCGGCGUUGUGUACUGCACAAUUAAUAAUUUUGUUGCCCACUUGACCGUCGCCUCGAGCGUAUUUACGCUGGUCGUUAUCUCCUUUGACAGGUACAUGGCCAUCAUGAGGCCUAUGAAGCAUCGUAUAUCUCGAAAAAUAACAGUGAUUACUAUGAUUGUAAUAUGGACAAUCGCUUCGGCACUGGCUCUGCCGUGUAUCUUAUACUCGACGACCACAUUAAGGAGGUAUUCCAAUGGAAGGACUAGAAUUGUAUGUUGCUUAUUGUGGCCAGACGGAGAUUAUCUGCGUAGCAAAAUCGGGUACACGUAUGAUAUAGUAUUCCUGAGUUUAACAUACUUGAUUCCGAUGUCAUUAAUGGCGGUAUGCUACGCACUAAUGGGCCGCAAACUGUGGAUCACAGAAUCCAUAGGAGAACUCACGCAGUAUCAGAAGAACUCGAUCAAGUCUAAACGCAAGGUUGUAAAGAUGUUUAUCACAGUGGUUGCAAUAUUUGCAAUUUGUUGGUUGCCUUAUCAAGGAUUUUUCAUUUUUAUUUACCAUCACAGACAUCUUACAAAAAGCAGCUAUGUUCAGCAUAUUUAUUUAGGAUUCUACUGGCUUGCUAUGUCAAAUGCCAUGGUAAACCCUAUUAUAUACUACUGGUUGAAUAUUAGGUUUCGAAUAUAUUUCCAACUUAUAAUUUGUAAAUGCUGUUGCCCAAUGAUUCAAAGAAAUCUUGAGGAUCGCCACACACAACAGUUGGUGGAAUGUCAGCGGUCCGAGGUAAUUCCCUGUAACUCAAGACGUUUUAAAUUAUCCUCAAUCCGGUGGAAAAACAGUAUGGGCGACAGUCAAAUACAAAAUCUUCGCACGCGAUCGAUUGUCGAAAAAAACCGGUCUUCUCAAGACGCUACCACUGUCUAAACCGUAAAACAGUAAUGAAUAAAUAUUAUUAUUAUUGUUAAAUAUAAAAUAUAUAAAUGCGAUUACAGUUGGUGAUAAUGAUAUUGUUAGUAAUUAAGAGUCGCGCUAAUAAAUUUUUGUACAUACGGAGUCAUAUUGUUAAUACUUAUAACAAUUGUUUUCUUAUGAAAGUUCAAUUAAAUAAUAUAUUGAAAUAAAUGUUAUGCAUAAACUAA